UAGACUCGUUUGGAAGGGUUUAUUGUAUGGACUGAUUCACUGUUAUUAAAGGAGCUUAAUCUAAAUAGAUUCCAACGCAAUGGCAAAUAUUAUAACGUUUCGGACGCAAAUCGCUUCAGUUAUGGAAAUACUCGCAAACGCCGCUGUGGCAGAAAUCUGCAAACUUGUUGAGGAAAGCUAUAGCGAAUUACAGCUUGAAAUAUCUCAAACACAAAAGGAGAAUAACCUCCUUAAAAAGAAAUUGAAAGUGCUAGAAAUCCGAGAUUCGUUUCAUAGAAGAGCGCACAAACUAAGAAACGAAUCAACUGCCUUGACAAAAACAGAAGUUCACGCAAAAGCAUCAGGGCGAAUUAGUGUGAAAAUUGCUUCGCUGUGUAAUGAGGGUAGGAAUGAAGAUGAAGCUCGCUCCGGUAAAGUCUCGCAUCUUCAACACGAAAGACUAGACCAGUCUGUAGGGGAUAACGAACCAGAUGUUCUUCUUAUUAAAGAAGAGAGACCUGGCAAUGUGAGGUGUGAACACUCAGAAAGAGAAACAGAGACUGCUGAAAACCGUAAAGAUGACAACCAGUACAGGAGUGCAAGAGUCUUUGUAACAGUCCACAGAGAAAACUUCAUAGACCAGAACACAGUCCAGCACUGCCAACAAGAGUCUGUAGAGGACGACGAGCCAGAUGUCCUCAUUAUUAAAGAGGAGAGACCUGACAGCAUGAGGUGUGAACAGUCAGAAAGAGAAACAGAGACUACUGAAAACCACGACACACAGUACGGGAGUGCAGGAGUUUUUGUUACAGUCCACAGGGAUAACUUCAUAGACCAGGACACGGUCCAGCACUGCCAUCAAGAGUCCAAUGGAAUGCAACCUGAUCUCCUUGAGGACGAAAACCCAGAAAUGAAUGAUAUUGGUGAAGAUGCACAUUUACUAAGCAGUGAAACCAGAAUGGAGAGACAUUGUGAUGGAGAUGCAGGGACUAACCUGCAGCCUGUCCCUUCCUAUCCUUCAUGGGUUUCCAGGAGAUUUGACAGAACCACAAAUCAUGCCUCCUAUGCUGAAUCUGAAUGCAAAGGAGGACCUUCUGUGAAUCAGUGUUUGAUGUACAGAGGGAGCGCAGAUCCCACGUGUUCCUAUGCAACUCCAAUGGACUCUAAUGGCUUGUCUAUGCCUGAUAUGGAAGGCCAUUUAACACACGGCGAUGAAGGUAACGUCAUUUCUCAAUCUGAACGGUCCCCUUUCUCGCCGUGCUUUUCUUUCAAACAGUCAGACUCGCCUCAGAUGCAAAGGAAAGACAAGUUUAUGUGUAAACAUUGUGGAAAAGCAUUCUCUCAACCCAGCACUCUCCUCUUGCAUCAAAAACUUCAUAACAGGGAGAGGCUUCACCACUGUACACUCUGCGGUAAGCGAUUUAGUCAGGCAUCUAGUCUCAAAAGACACCAUAGCAUUCACAGAGGUGAAAAACCAUUCAGAUGCGUGCACUGUGGCAAGCAGUUCGCAGAUCAAAGUAACCUCAAAAAACACGUGACUGUUCACACAGGUGAAAAGCCUUAUGGCUGUAACCUUUGUGGGAAAAUGUUCAACCAGUCUUCAAACCUCAAAACACACAUGAGGAUCCACACACGUGAGAAGCCUUUUGGUUGUGAUCGAUGUGGACGGAUGUUUGCGCACAAGUACAUUUUGGUGAAACACCAACAGAGAAUGUGUGUGUCUACUGGACAAUUCUAGACUUCACAAGGUAGAGAAUACUCACAUUGGUACCUAUCAUUAAUUUACAUAGAUUUUAAUACUACUGUGCUCUUGUGGCUGAUUACAUUGGAAUGGAAGAUGCAUUGGUGCACUUUUAUCAAGUGUAAUAAUGGAAACGGUUUCUUUUUUGGUGGUUAACAUUAACUACUUCCUGCAAAGUACCUGGUUCCUUUUUGAAACGACCACUUUUGAUGAUCCAAGCAAUUCCCAAUAGAUAAAAUCAAGUCCCUACAUGUUUUCUCAUUGAAUAUCCUGUUUCAUCACUGGGAAAUACAUCAGAUUUCUGAAGAACACUGGGUUGCAAUUAGUUUCAUGUUGCAUUUUUUUCUUAGCUAUGUUGCAAUGUAGCCUACAUAAGAUGAAACAUACUAUUUUAAAACAAAAUUUUAAAAUAUUAUCUCUACAUUAAUUGGAAGAAAUGUGAAAGAUUUUUGUACACAUUUAGCUUAAAAAGACUGCUAAAUCCAGUUAUGUAACAUCAGUAACAUUAAUGUUAA